GUCUGUUUUUGCACGCAAAGGUCAGAUAUGAACGGCUUUGCAUCUCAAGGAUGAGACGGGCAGUGCGAGAGAGCUUUGAAUGCCAAUCGCCAACCACUCACAAAUAUGCUAUCUUUCAAUUAACUAUCUCCUCAAGCAAUGCAAAACCAACCUUCAACUCCACCAAGUCCAUGCCCACGCUGUCACUUAUGGCCUCCUCUCUCUUAGCAGUUCUCAAAUUUUAACCAAAAUCCUCUACGCUCUCACCAAGGCAAUUACCCCCAAAUCAUCAUCGUCUCUGUUGCACUAUGCAGUCUCCGUAUUCAAUGCUAUUCCAAACCCCUCUCCCUUUUGCUACAAUCUUGUCAUUAGGAUCCACACCCUCCAUUCCUCUCCUUUCCUCGCCCUCCAUUUCUUUCGACAAAUGCGCCGUUUCUCUGUACCUCCUGACUUCCACUCCUUCCCUUUUGCCCUCAAAGCUUGCACACAGCUUCGCUUUCUUUCGUUGGCCCAAUCGCUACAUUCUCAAGUUCUGAGAUUUGGGUUUGUCUCAGAUUUGUACGUGAUGAAUUCUCUCAUUCAUGUGUAUUCGGUAUCUAAUCGCUUAAAUUAUGCUUAUCAGGUGUUUGAGGAAAGUUCUCAUCAAGAUGUGGUCUCUUACAAUGCGUUGAUUGACGGGUUCGUUAAAGUCGGUGACAUUGAAAAGGCACGGGAAAUUUUUGAUCGGAUGUCUGUGCGAGAUUCUGUGUCUUGGGGUACUCUUAUGGCAGGGUAUGCCCAGGGAAGAUAUUGCAAGGAGGCAAUUGAAUUAUUUGAUCUUAUGAUGGAUUUAAAGCUUGGACCUGAUAAUAUUGCAUUGGUGUCUGCUCUUUCUGCUUGUGCACAACUAGGUGAACUGGAAAAAGGGACGCAGGUUCGCAAUUAUAUUGAAAAGAAUAAUAUACCGAUUGAUUCUUUUUUAUCAACGGGGUUGGUUGAUCUUUAUGCGAAGUGUGGGUGCAUUGGCACUGCUCUAAAGAUUUUUGAAUUGAGCCCUGAUAAAAGUUUGAUUACAUGGAACGCGAUGCUAGUCGGCAUUGCAAUGCACGGUCUUGGUGAGUUAUUGCUAAAUUACUUCUCAAGAAUGAUGGAGGCUGGGGUUAAACCUGACGGAGUUAGCUUUUUAGGAGUUUUAGUAGGAUGUAGCCAUGGGGGCCUGGUAGAUGAGGCCAGGAAGAUUUUCCAUGAGAUGGAAUCUUUUUAUGGUGUCCGUCGAGAGCCCAAACACUAUGGGUGCAUGGCUGAUUUGCUAGGCCGGGCUGGGUUGAUCAAAGAAGCAAUAGAAAUGAUAAAAAACUUGCCUACGGGUGGUGAUAUGUCUGCGUGGAGUGGUUUGCUAGGAGGGUGUAGGAUACAUGGGAAUGUUGAAAUUGCAGAGAUGGCAGCAAAGCAGGUGAUGGAGUUAAAACCUGAAGAUGGUGGGGUUUAUUCAAUCUUGGCUAAUGUUUAUGCCAAUGCAGAUCGAUGGGAAGAUGUGGUGAAGAUUAGGAGUUUGAUGAGUGGCAAUAGUAUUGUAAAGAAGAAUACUGGUUGUAGCUUAAUUCAGUUGGAUGGGAUUGUACAUGAGUUUCUUGCAGGAGAUAGUUUGCAUGCACAAAGAGAUGAGAUAAAUAAGGUUUUAGAUGGAAUUAGGGAACAUCAAUUUGAAGUGUGGUAGUAAUAGGCCUGAACUUUCAGCAUAUAAAUGCUAGUUUGCGUUCUCUGUAUUAUUUAUGAGUUUUUAGGGGAAGUGGAUGGUGGGGGAGAUGACUGCUAGCCAGUUGCGCUAGAAUUCUUGGAUGAGGACAAAGAACAAAAGUGUGAAAAUUGGAUUAUGUAAGGACAAAUAUUUAUAUACGUCCACCGAUAUGCAAAUUCCCUUUGAACAAUCGUUUGGUUUAAGCAGGAGAUUCAUAGUGAAAUUGCAGUUGCAAACUUCAAAAUUUGUACCUCACAUAGUGAAAGGCCAACCAUUGUCCUUAAGGCGAGAGUUACAGCUAAUGGGAAAUGUGGCCUUUUUGGAGCUUCCUAGCAGAAACUUUUGUGAGGGAAUCCGGAAUCCCAACAUAUAUCUACGUGCAGCAUUUUGAAGAUGCCAUUCUUAAAUUUGUUUCGGUGUAUAGAACCCUAAUUAAGAAAACAGAAGACGAGCAUGACUUGCCACUUCUUCGAUGUUUGAUGCUGUGCACUCGAAUUACAAGAAGCAUUCCUUGGGCUUCUACACUGCUUAUUACGUAAUUCCAGAACCUCUCCUGAUCGCCACCUUCUAUAAAUUCCGAGAACGUAGCUGAAGACGACUGCUUGUUGAGCAAAGCCUCUCUCUUUCCGAGUUUCUUUGAUGUAAAGUUGCCACCCUAGACAAUGGCAUCUUUCAUCUAUCCUGAUCAUGGCUUCAGAUUUGGGAAUACUUAUCCCAUGUAUAAAUGGUUGCAUUGUACCAUUUUGACGUGUAAGACAAUCUAAUUAUUUAUAUAUAAGUUGUAUUAAAAACAAUUGAUUUAAAA